CGGCUCCAGUCGUGCAGGAGUGGUCGCCGAGUGAUGUGUGGUAUCGUAAUCGCGAGUGUGAUCGAGGAAUAAAAAAAAGGGGGACCCGGCGUUUUAGUUUCUCGCUCGCGCGUUCCGAUCUCAUCUUUCCGUGUUUCUUCGCCCGCGGAAUAUCGCUCAGCUGUUUCAUCGCUGUCGCGACACGCGAGUUCUUUUUCACGGCCCGUCCCUCUCCGCGCGCUCGCCCGUUGGAGCCGGUGCACGGAUCCAAGCGGAUCGUGUACUUUACUUAAGUAUUUAUUGUACAAAGGACUAUAAACCGUAGUAGACAAAAUGUCUGUGGACAAGGAGGAAUUGGUGCAGCGCGCGAAGCUUGCCGAGCAGGCGGAAAGGUACGACGAUAUGGCGUCCGCGAUGAAGGCGGUCACCGAGACGGGAGUCGAGCUGUCGAACGAGGAAAGGAACCUGCUCUCGGUGGCGUACAAGAAUGUCGUAGGAGCGAGACGCAGCUCGUGGCGGGUAAUCUCCUCCAUCGAGCAGAAGACCGAGGGCUCUGAGCGCAAACAGCAGAUGGCCAAGGAAUACCGGGAAAAGGUUGAAAAGGAAUUGCGCGAGAUCUGCUACGACGUAUUGGGACUCUUGGAUAAGUACCUGAUCCCCAAGGCUAGCAAUGCCGAGAGCAAAGUAUUCUACCUCAAGAUGAAGGGUGACUACUACAGGUAUCUCGCAGAAGUCGCCACUGGUGAGACCAGAAAUACCGUGGUAGACGACAGCCAGAAGGCAUACCAAGACGCGUUCGAAAUCAGCAAGUCAAAGAUGCAGCCGACCCAUCCGAUCAGGCUAGGUCUCGCCCUCAACUUCUCGGUCUUCUAUUACGAGAUCCUCAACUCACCAGACAAGGCCUGUCAGCUGGCCAAACAGGCGUUCGACGACGCGAUCGCGGAGCUGGACACACUUAACGAGGACAGCUAUAAGGAUUCAACGCUGAUCAUGCAGUUGCUGCGUGACAACCUCACUCUGUGGACCAGUGAUACGCAGGGCGACGGGGACGAGCCACAGGAGGGCGGCGACAACUAACCUUCCUAAGCUUAAGUCCUUUCUAAACCUAAUAAGAACAUCCUAUUCUCUAUCGUCCCCCCGUCCCCCUGAAGUGCUCACCCAUAUGUCCAUCCACCCGGAUCCAUCCACCCAUGUCCACCAUGUCCUCUCGUCCCUCGCGCGUACCUUAUUUCCUUCUUUUCCUUCCUUCUAACCGCAAGCCUCCCUCUUCCUUAAAUUUUUCUUCGAAAAACAAAUUGGUCCUUUUCCACUCCUCUCUCUCUCUCUCUCUCUCUCUCUCUCUCUCUUUCUGUCUCUCUUUGUCCUACGACCGCACACUGCUGCCGAUGCCACCGCCACAGCUGUUACGCCCGGUUCGAAAAACUCGAAUGUAGAGAACACUCGAAUCAUCUAUUUAAAGCUCCAUUGUAUUCUUUUCGCGGAUGAUGCUAGGAAAAGAUACUUCUAAAGAUUGAACUAGACGGGGAAUUGGAACUUUGUCGAUAUUCGGAGUGGAAUAAAAAUUGUCGAUUGUGAAAUGUGUAUCGAGUAAAAACGCGCGCGCGAAGAGAGGCAAUCAUCGGCGAGGAGAAACGGUUGAGCCUUAUGGAUCAUUUAAUUUUUCUCUGGUACGAAGUUUCUCAGACAAAACGGAAUCCUUGUUUGACUCAUUUGUAUGAGGAACAGGAAUUGUGGAUGAACAGAGGAAAGAACAGGAGGAGACACACUCACAUACAUCUUCCCCUUUCCCGCAUACCCUGUCUCGUCGAUGCGCGCAUCCCUCGGGUGAUCAUCGGUAACGCACAUUACAAAAGAAAAGUAUGCGCUAGAUUAUUCAGCUUCAUGAGUAGCAAAAAAGUGAUAUAGUACUAAAAGAUGAAUCACGACAUUAGGACGAGACAUGGAAUGCAGAGGACGAUAACAUACUAUCAUUAUUCCCGAAAUUUGUUUGCUACUUAUCAUUAAAAAAAAGAAGAGUGUAAUGUUAGAAAGAAAAAAAAACACAAAAUACAGGUAAAAAGAAAUAACGCGGAGGUACGAGAAGAAGCGAAGAGAACGAGAAAAUGAAAAGCACGCAUGAAUCUACUACAUUAUACCCAGUUGUCAUUUAAAUUAAAUUUCAUUGUCUAGCAAGUACGAAUAUUAUUAUACGAAGGGAAGAACGCAGGAGGAGAAAGGAGAGUAAAAAAAACAAAUACAUUAAGUUAUUAAGUUCCAAAACGA